CGUACAACCAUAUUGCAUCUAGCGAUAGACAAGGGGCAUUGGAAACUUUAACGUUGAAUCAAAAGGAACCUUGGGUGGAGUAUGAUCAUGUCAUGACGUUGGCCUUGUCGCACCAGAUUGCCUUUUUUGCCUCCACGUUACCUCUUUUACCAUCAUCUUCAUUCACUUCAAGAUGUGUACCCCGUCAAUGGAAAUACAAUCAUCAUCAUCGUUUAGAGGAUCCAAAAGGAAGAGUUCUUUUAUUGGCUUCUGAUAAAGAUUUGCAGGCCGCUAUCCAUGGGAAAUGGAGAAGACUAGACCAUGUCACCUUAUCUUGUUUUGCUUGGUAAAUCAUCUUUUAUU